GUCAUUACUAUGAGUGAUUUCAUCAUCACAUUCUGUUGAACGUCCUGAAGUGUUGGAUUAAAAACAUCAACAACACCCAAUAAUCUUGUUCUAUCUUGUUCAUCCUUCCAACAAAAGGACAAUAACAAAAAAUUAGCGUCAUCAUGAUAAUAGAAACAGAUCCUCAGCUAGACGAUGAAACUCUUCAAGAAGCGGAAAAACCAACAACAUUCAUACAACAACUCAAUGAAGAUGUCAUUCUGAAUAUUUUCGAAUUUCUAGAUCGAUUCUUUGUCCUAGAUACACUCUCUACGUGUUCACAACAAUUCCAUCAACUUGCACACAAACCCUAUCAUUAUAGUAGAUUGUUAUGGAAGUUUUCCUUUACCAACUAUGAAAGGUUGGAUAGAAUCAAGUCGUAUUAUAGUGCUGUCAAGUAUAUUGAAGCAAGUGAUUCGGACAGGCUCACAAACGAACCUAUUGAUGAGUCUAGACUAUUAGAAUUGGUUACAUUCAUUGGAGAACAUCAGGAAACACUCAAGGGAGUUGAAAUUGUCUUCAACAAGGCUCAACCUUCUUUGUUUGAUAGUAUUGCUUCUGCUUGUGGAGAGUGGCUGAGUGAGCUUUCUAUUAGUGUCUUGUUGGAUUCUGAAUUUGCCAAGUAUUUGUGCUCUGGUUUGCAUCGUUUCAAAAAGUUGAAAGUGUUACGGCUUUUUAUUGGUAAAUCUGUGGAUGCAAAUGUUGUACUCGACUCGUGUGUAACAAUGCAAUCGAUGGAAACAUUUGAAACAACACUGUAUUUGUAUAGCAAGGAACACGUGGAAAAGUAUUGUAAAUUUAUUCGACCUUUGAGAAAUAUUUCAAUAGCUCUCAAUUGUGAGGUAUUUACAGAUAAUAGUGCCUUAUUGGAACUCUUCACAUCAUGCUUUCUGCAAGGAAAGGGAAGGAUUUCUUUCCACUUCUUCAAUGUACCUUCUAUUUCAUUCUUAAACAAGUUCAAUGAUGUUUCAAAAUUUUGUAGGGAAAUGCACAUAUCAAUAGUUGAAAUGCACAAUUCUGGCGAUGAAGUAUUGUCUCUACAUAAGGUGCUUUCUUUUAGGGUUGAUCAUGCAGCCCUAACAGCAAACGAAAACAUUUUCCCAGUAGAUUCUAAAAGUAUCAUUUUCAAUCCUUCAACAAAAUUUCGUAACAAUGUCUUUACAAUGUAUCCUUCGAGGUUUGCCCAUUUGAGAAGACUUGAACUUUCGAAUGCUAAAAUAGUUACCAAUCAAUGCUUGAAGAAUCUAGAAGUUGUAAUCCUUAAAGAAUGCACAGUACCGUCAGCAGAGGCAAUAAUUGAAAUGUCGGAGACAUUGGAAAUGGUACACUUUAUUAGUUGCGAGUUCAGCGGACCUUCAAUUAAGUGCCCAAAGAGAACUCGUUUGACAGAGCUUAUUCUUAAAAACACAAGGCAUUUAGUACAACAAUUUUACUUGUCAACAUUACAAGAUUUGAAUUUGACCGCUCUUCAUCUUGAUAGCUUUGUGUACAAAGCAGAAGAGUUACAAUACUUGGAGAAUAUGUCUUCAUUGGAAUAUCUAAAUAUUUAUAUGGCUGAUGCGGAAAUGAUUAAUACUUUUACAAUUGAAAGGAUGAUCAAUUUGAAAGUAUUCAAUGUUAGCUAUCCUAUGACAAUCAAAUUAACAGGUUCUCCUGUAAAUUGUUUUGCAAACCUUGAAAUACUCAAACAGGCCCUCAUUAUACUUCCACCUCAAAUUGUCCUUGCUCUAACUCCUUUACAUUUCUUGCAACCAACUCGUGAUGAACUAUCUGAGAUAAUCCUUUCUACCUUUAAGAGAGAUUGCAUGGAAUUAAGAUACUUUAUAUGUAAUGGAGACUAUAUCUAUUGCGUUCUAGUUAUGGAUCCAGGAAAUUAUGCAACCUUACUGAUAGAAAACAAAGCUCCGUAUAAUGUUGUGGCCUUUAACUCUUUCAAAAAAUUUAGAAAUUACAUCCAACCAGAUAGAACACACUAUACAGGAAUAACAAGAUUUCUCUUUCGUUUACCGGAAAAAUCAAGUCUAACAUCCAAAUGUUUAACCAUGUAACAAGUAAAUUUCAACACAAACAUUUAC